AUGGCCUGGUGUCGUGGCCUGGCCUGGUGUCGUGGCCUGGCCUGGUGUCAUGGCCUGGUGUCGUGGCCUGGUGUCGCGGCCUGGUGUCGUGGCCUGGUGUCAUGGCCUGGUGUCGUGGCCUGGUGUCGUGGCCUGGUGUCAUGGCCUGGUGUCGUGGCCUGGUGUCGUGGCCUGGCCUGGUGUCAUGGCCUGGUGUCGUGGCCUGGUGUCGUGGCCUGGCCUGGUGUCAUGGCCUGGUGUCGCGGCCUGGUGUCGUGGCCUGGUGUCAUGGCCUGGUGUCGUGGCCAGGUGUCGUGGCCUGGUGUCGUGGCCUGGUGUCGUGGCCUGGUGUCGUGGCCUGGUGUCGUGGCCAGGUGUCGUGGCCUGGUGUCGUGGCCUAGUGGUAUCAUGGCCUGGUGUCGUGGCCAGGUGUCGUGGCCUGGUGUCGUGGCCUAG